AACCGCUCCUAUCAGUAGCAACUGCUUUCCUUUUGGCUUAUUUUGAGAUAUUAAGUAACGUGCUCGGGCAAAGGCAGCGCACAAAACUCAGACAGCAGAUGUGAGCGCUGGGCUCCUGCAAGGCUCUGCAAGCGUACGUGUCAGCCCCCUGGUCCGGACCGUGCCUACUGUGCAGCACGUGGGUUGACCUGUGUCAGCCUUUGCAUCGGCCACCCUCCCAGCUAGGACUCCACGGAGGGUUGGGAGCUGCUUCCCCUGAAGACUGUGCAGGCAGAGAAGAGCAAACGGAGAUGAGGGCUCUCCUGAUGGUGUGUCUGGCUGCUGUCCUCUGCGUGGACAUUGCCAACUCGCUGACGUGCUACACCUGCACCAACCAGACCAGCAAUGAUCAGUGCCUGAUGACUUCCCAAUGUACCAAAAAUGAGACAGCCUGCGUGACUAUAGUUGAGAAGAUAGGUGCCGGCACUCACCAACAGAAGUUGAUCAGCAAAAAUUGCAUUUCAAAUUGUGGUAUGUUUCAAGACCCUUAUGAAUGCUGCAGUCAGGACAACUGCAAUCACAACGAGGCAUCUGGGAUGAGACCUCCCGUAGCGGUGCUGGGAACUGCAGUUCUGCUCAGUGUUACCAGGCCCCUUCUCUGGACUGGACUGUGAUGAGGUCCCUGUUGAAUAAUGCGUGCAAGCUGCUUAACCCAUCCUGGUCCCCCAGCACCUGCAGUCAUUUUUGCCCAUCUGUCCCCAGAAUGUCUUCUGAACAUCUGAUGUUCAGGCACGGAAAGGCCAGUCUGAAGCUAGCUUGAGCUUGAUGGAGAAGAGAUCCCUCAGUUAUUCUUUUAUAGCUUCUCGUGCAACAGGACUCUGCAGCCACCAUUAGGGGAAAA